AAGUGCAGGAAAGAAACCUUCCUGCAUCUCUCUUGGCACUUGGUGAAGAUGUUACAGAUUGACACUUCUUUUGCUUUCUGGCUCUUCGGGUGGGCCUAAGACAGACUGGCAUAGGUUUAUCCUGCCCAUCAUAGUUCUGCAUUGUCAUUUCAGAAUGUGCAUGAACGUGCUCCUGCGUCCACCUUCCUAAUCUGUCCCAGAAUCAAAUUCCGCUAGCCUGAUCACUGAACGCAAAUUAAGAAGCUGGUUCAGACCUGAAGACCAGGACUUAAUUCCAUGUGGAAAACUGCCUGUUCCAUGGACGGCUACUGAGUGAAGAUUCCUAAUUUGAACGCUAAGAGGAAAUGAGCCCACCAGAAACUUCAGUGGAACCUUUCCUUUCCAAAUCUGCAGGAAAAGCUUCUUGGAGGAAACGGAGGGUGGUGUCAAAGGAUGGACACAACAUUGUCAAGGUUGACAAUAUUGAGGGUAUGGUUAAGCUCUACCUGCAUGACAUUUGGACAACGGUUGUGGACAUUAAAUGGCGCUACAAGCUGACUCUUUUCUCCGCCACCUUUGUGACGACCUGGUUCAUCUUUGGCAUUGUCUUUUAUCUCAUUGGGAAGGGACAUGGAGACAUGAGCGUGCCCGAGAUACCGUCUAACCAUACUCCUUGCGUUAUGAAUGUGAAAACUCUCACUGGGGCCUUCUUGUUUUCCUUGGAGUCUCAGACCACCAUUGGCUACGGUUUCCGUUACAUCUCAGAGGAGUGCCCUCUCGCCAUCUUCACUCUGGUGGCCCAGUUGGUCAUCACCUGCCUGGCUGAGAUCUUUGUCACCGGAGCCUUCCUGGCCAAGCUGGCCAGGCCCAAGAAGAGAGCAGAGACCAUAAAGUUCAGCCACUACGCCGUAAUCAGUAAGUACGAGGGCAAGCUGUGUCUCAUGGUCCGCGUGGCCAACAUGAGAAAGAGCUUGCUGAUCCAGUGCCGGCUGUCGGGGAAACUGUUGCACUGCUAUGAGACCAAGGAAGGGGAGAAGAUCCCGCUCAGCCAGGCCAGCGUGAACUUCCAGGUGGACUCCAACACGGAGAGCCCUUUCCUCAUCCUGCCCCUCACCUUCUACCACGUGAUAGACGAGGAGAGUCCGCUGAGGGGCCUCACGGCGGAAGACCUGAGGAAGAAGGACUUUGAACUGGUGUUGAUCCUCAACGCCAUCACGGAGGCCACGGCCUCUUCCUGCCAGAGUCGCACCUCCUAUGUCCCGGAUGAGAUCCUCUGGGGCUACGAGUUCUUGCCCAUGCUCUUCAUGUCUCCCCGCGGGAAGUACGUGGCCGACUUCAGCCAGUACGACGGAGUGCGCCGCUGCGGUGACCCCAGCCUCUUCUGCAAUGAUUUGGAGAAGCUGAAACUGGAGGAGGAGUACAGGAAGGAAGCCUGAAGGUGGAAGGGAGGGAGCGCGCUGGGGGGAGACCUGCACUCUGUGAGGAAACAGACGAACAAAACAGUUAUUUCCUUUUUUCAAUUGUUGGUCCACUAGCUUUCCCUAGUUUUCUCUAGACUUGCGCCUGUUCCUAGUAAGAACACACACAUCAGUUUAAUGUCUGUGCGCAUUCGAAUAUCUGUUGAUGCACAUGUCAGUAUUCUGUAUCCGCUCUUCCUAGACUCUUUUUUAGUGUCCUUUAUGGAAGGCCAAUACAGGCAGUUUUGGAGGAAGGAGUUUUUGGAGGGAGAGCUUGAUCAAUACUAAUGCUAUUGCUACGCAGGUUAAUUCUUUCCUAUUGCUCAAUGUGACUCCCUUUCCUUGCAGUUUUUGUGUUUGGUCCUUAUUCUUGUCUGAAUUCUAUGCUGAUCUGUCCCGAAGCAAUAGUAGAUCUAGGUCUUUUGUUUUUCUUAAGUGGGCCUUAGAAAAAUCCCACGUAGGCAUAUUUAAUCUUAUAGCACAACUAACAGACUAAGGUGAUGUGUGUAUUGAAGCUAGUGUUAAGUGUUUGACACACAUUUCAUUCAACAACAAAUCGUAUCUCAACAGCAGGCACUUUCACAGAUGAAUCUGUCUUGUCAUCUUGGCAAAAAAAAAUCCUAAAAAAGAUAAUUUUGGUUACCUAUAUGCCUAUAUCAAUUUUUAGAUAUACAGUAUAAGAAAAUAGCAAUACUGGUCCACCAUUUCACUUUCUUGGUGCAUUUAGUUAAACAGUUGAUUUUUUAAUUAAAAAUAUUAAGGGGAAGGCUUUGCUUCAUUAAAUCAAAGGAAAUCCGUUUUCUGCUUUUGUAAUAUUACUUUCCAAAAUGUCAUGGUCAUGAUAACGUAAUAAAUCCUUGCACUUUGCUUUGUCACUUUAUCAAAUUAUUUACCUCUUUUAUACUUACAAAAUAAAGUGAUAUUGUUUUUGAAA